AUGGUCAGCGCGACAUUUGUUCUUGUGCCUCACUCGUGCUCACCUGUGGUUGCCAGAGAACUGACGUGAGGCGAGUGCGUCAUCAGAGCUCGAGCAAGGCCGCCCGGGAGACUCGUGUUCGCGAGUUCAUCGACAUCACAGGUGCAUCGUGAGUUUGGCUCCGCUCGAGCUAACUGCCUGCCUCGCUUCACCCAACUUGCUUUCGAUCGCUCUCGCUGCGGGAGGCUGCCGACUGGCUGCCGAACGCACACGACCAGCCCCGCAGCUUACAGCUCUCUCUAUCAUCGACAAUGCCGCCCGGACCAAACCCUCUGUGCGAUUGUGUCGGCCAUUUUAACCCGCACUUGACUCAUUGGAUCGAAUGGUUGAUCUCUACAGGCCUCAGGAAGCGGCCCGAUUCCUCAAGACGACCUCGUACCGGCUGGAUGCCGCGCUGGAAGCCUUCUUCAACGACCCAACAGCGAUGCGCGCCGCCGAGCAACAACGACUGAGUGGAGGCGAAGGUGGGACAUCGAUACGCAACCUAGACAAGCUAUGGGACAAGUACCGAGGUGUGUGCUCGUAUGCGGCGCUUCGAGACGACGUCGCCUGGUGAAGGCACGCGCGUGCUUACGUGUCUCCUGGUACCUCAACUGUCGCGGUGGAUGCAGAUGUCGAAAAGCCCGACGAGAUCCACUUCGAAGGGACGAUCCGCUACUGCGAAGAUCUGGGCAUUGCACCUGAGGAUAUCGUCAUGCUCGCGGUUGCCUGGCUCACCAAAGCGCCUACGAUGGGUCACUUUUCCAAAAAGGGUUGGACCGAUGGCUGGAGAGAGGCAAGGUGCGCAGCGACCCGCUCGCUUGCGAACGGGGCGUGAGACGUGUGGAAGAAGACUGAUGUGGGCCCAAUUCCUUACCCAUGCAGACGAGAUACAAUUGAGCUCCAACGCUCCUACAUUGAUCGACUCCGAGCGGACCUGCACAAAGGGGACACAUUUCGCAAGGUCUAUGCCUUCACCUUUGACUAUGCGAAAGCGGAGGGUCAAAAGAGCAUGCGUCCGUCGAUCUUAAGCGCCACGCGUAUCCUGCGUGCAUUCUUCAGAUGUCCAACUGAUGCGAAUACAUCGAAUACAUCAAUCGUGCAGAAUACGAGAUUGCGCAAGAAUUGUGGAAGCUGCUCAUUCCGUCUGAUCCUGCUGCAGAUUUUCCCACAUCGCACCUCGAUUUGUGGUUGGAGUUUCUGCGAACGCGCGGGGAAAGACCGGUCUCGAAAGACACGUGGAAUUUGGUACGUCUGACAUAGAGUGGUUGCGCAACCGCCUCAACACAGGUCCUGGAUGCCUCCUCGUUCCAUGUGGGGGGAAAAGCCUGCCGAGACGCUCACACUGGCCCGGCAAUGUUGACCACGAUGUUCGGUGACAAUCCCAGUUUCUCGACUUUACGCGCACAAUCGAUCCACUAUUCCAGGAGCACGACGAAGAAGGUGAGCGAAAUACGCGAUACGCUGCUGCGUCACUGCAGCACUGACCGACUAGCCCGUCUGGCGCCUCCCCUCUCCAGCUGCGUGGCCGUCGGUCAUAGACGAUUUCGUCGAUUUUGCGCGGCAUAGCCUCGCCUGUAAGGAUCGGCCAGCCUGA